GUUCGUAUUAGUAAAAUCAAAGGCGAUUAUACAUACACGCUUUAACGUCGUUCCGUUGAAAAGAAACGAAAUUAAUAGGAAUUACAAAAUAAAUACUUGUCACGAUUAUCUUUUAACAAUAAGUAUCUGUGCACAUUUCUGAUUCAAAACAGCAAAAUCUAAACACAUUUUAAUAAAAUCUUCAAGUGAAAGAGGUAACAAAGAAAAUCUAGAGUUAAGCGAGUUAUACGAACAAAAAAUCAGCAGAUUUCAGGUUAACCACGAUUAAACAACUGAACAUAAUUGCUCUAGAGUGUUGCAAUAUACUCGCCGGAAAGCACAGUAAUCAAAUAAAUUUAUAAAUACUAUUCUCAAAAUAAAUUUGUUGGUAAAAAAGAAAGUCACAAGCAGGACGAAGAUAUGCAAGACGGAGGUGCCGAUCCCUCCAGACAAAUGGAUUCCGAUCCAACUGGACUGCCGAAAAAUUAUAAAUGCCAUUUCUGUGGAAAGACAUUCUAUUUUAAAGGCAUUUUUGAAAAUCAUUUAUUGUCCCACGGCACCGGAUCAGAGCAUGAUAUGCCAGAGGAACGUUCCGACCCCUCCAGGCAAAUGGCUUCCGGUUCAACUGGAGAUAAUAUGCAAGGCGAAGGUGUCGGUUCUUCUAGACAAAGAGAUUCCAAUCCAACUGGACAGCCGGAAACGUAUAAAUGCGAUUUCUGUGCACAGACAUUCGAUUCUUCGGAAAUCCUUUGCAAUCAUUUAUAUUACCACAACUUAGAGAAUCAUCCUUGCUACGUUUGCGAAUUAAAAUUUAUUUCUUACUCAGAAUUGCGUAAACAUUGUAUUCUGGUACAUUCGGACGGUUCUUUAAAGUGUGAUAAAUGCGGAAAAUUUUUCGCGCAAUUUGAUUAUCUUAUACGGCACAAAAAAAGAUGUCAUAAUAAUGGCAAGUAUUUUUGUAAUAUAUACAUUAUUAUAUAUUCUUGUUCUAAUAAUAUGCAAAUGACGGAAGAUAUAAUUACAACGACAAUUUUUUAAAUAAUUGAACAGCGCAGUGAUUAUAAGAAGAGAACAUGAUUUUAUUAUAAAACA